UAAGUGAAGCAGUGCGCCAAAGCUCGGUGCGCUCAGUUCUCCGAUGGCGAACAGAUUGUUUGGACGUGUUUGCUGCGUCGCUCUGUGCACUUGCGGGCGGAUUUGUCGAUGAGCGGAGAAUUGAGAAAAUGCUCGUGCUAAUCUUAUUGACUGGAAGCGUGAAGAGUUCGUUAACGUUCCAAUAAUCGCGAAACGAUAUAGAAAGAUAUAUAUUCAUAAUUACAAUCGCGGUUGGGCCAAAAAAAGGAGCCCCAGCCGGAAAGCGGUGACAACCAAAAAGUCGGAUUGCAAUGUGUUUGUUUUACAAUCGUCGCCUCUUUGUGAUUCAAUUGAUUGAGAUCCUACUGCUGCUGCUAACCGACCACAAUGGACGACUGACACUAACCAAGGAAUCGACAACAGUUGCUGCCGCCGUCGCCCAACCGAAGAACUCAACCGCACUACUGCCAUAUCUGCAGAUCCAGAAGCACGCCGUCACAAGACUGACCAUCAGCAAGCCCCACUCCCCGUACUAUUUGCCAUGCAUACCCAUCCUAGCGCCCUACAACCACGAUCAGGACAACCAGCCCAUCUACUGCAGCUGGUAUCGAAAUGACGUGGUAGUCGAACAAGUAUCGUAUCGCAAAAAUGACUUCUUUAUCUACGACAAUGGUACGUUGCGACUGCCCACCAAUGAAAAGGCCAGCGGCGAGUAUUAUUGCAAGAUCGAGUGGGAUGAGUCGGCGGUGAUAUCCGACAGAAUCACUGUCGAGUAUCCAGUGCUCAAGCGGCAAUUUCCUGGCCAACAGCAGACGGCCAACAUCAGUGCGUUGGAAAACAAACCGCUCGUGCUGAGUUGCCCCUUUCUGAGUGUUCCAGCUGCCCGUUUUAGCUGGUACUUUGGCAACGAUUCCCUGACCAAUGACAACAGUGCUCUCAUCCUGUCAAAUGGCACCCUAAUAUUGAGGCAUUUGCGUCUGGAACAGGCGGGUAAAUACAAAUGCGUGGCCCAGAAUACAUUUGCCAGCAAGACGCACCGUCAGUUCAUUUGGCAACUGCAAGUGGAGCCAAAGGAUGCUACAUUUUAUCCCAAAAACGAGGCGGGAAUUACGGAGACAUCCGUUUCGGAGGCCCAACUACUGCCGGCGUUUCAGAAUGCAACGGUUUUCGUUGCCGCCGGCGGAUCCGUGUUGCUACAAUGCCACGCGGUGGCAGACUUUGUGCCCAUUGUGUGGUACCUCCAGCCGGCGAACAACAAGAUGGUUCGCCUGAGCAACAAUAGUGUCGCCUAUUCCAUCACUAAUGCUAGUAUAGACCGGCAUGAAGGACGCUACAGUUGUAUAACGCCACUGGAAACGCAGAACUUCCAGGUGAUUGUGACAACACCACCGAGGAUUGUGAGUCGCCUGCCCGUCGAGGUGGUGUACAUUGGUCUCUCGAGGACACUUACCUGCCGGGCAGAGGGUCAUCCGGAGCCGAGUAUCACCUGGUACCACAACGGGGUCCAUCUGAACAGCUCCUAUACACGGUACAUUAGCGGUAAUGAGUUGCACGUCCACUCGUUUGACUCCAAGGAGGAGGGCAUCUACCAGUGUGUGGCCAGAAAUGUGGCUGGUGAGGAUUCGGCGACGGGUGAGCUGCGAUUUAACCGGCAGCUCGAGGAGGUCAACCCACUGCAGAACAUUCGCUGUUAUCCGCACAGCUUCCAUUCGAUCAACAUCACUUUUGACAGCCGCACCCUAACGUCAAUGUUUGUGGUCUAUAUUGUGAGGAAUAAUCCCCACAGUUGGACCUCGUUUUCGCCCAUGAAGCUGAAUCAGACCUCCUACGUGGUGAUAUCUACUGAUUUGCCCGUUUACGAGCCUUUUGCCUUGAUCACCCGUGUUUUAUUUCCCACAACAGAGGUGAGAACAGGAACUUUGGUUCCCCAGCAGAUGAUUCUCAGCUCGCUAAGAAGUACACCAGUCACGUGCUGCACCCAGGGAUUAAUGCUUCGACCCAUUGCCGUGGGAAAUGACACGUUUGUUAAGUGGUCGCAGGGUCAGUUGGAGAACAAGAAGUAUUUUAUCCUGCAGUUCUCGAUCAACCACACCCAUCCGCAUCCUGCACAACUGUUAAAUGGAUCUCUACAAGGCACCUUGACUUCUGUCGAGGAAAAAGCCGACCAGGUGCGACGCCAUCUGACCGCAGUCCAGCCUCUUAAUCAAUCUGCGGCAGCCACAGUGCUGAGAAAUGUGGAGCACGAGGACAACGUUGUCGAUGACACCCUAGAACUGGAGGAUGACAUAUUUAGUCUUGUGGUGGAUGCCAGCGUAACAGGAAUUUUGUUGCAGAGAUUCACGCGCAUCAAAAUGAGAGUGCUGAUCAUCACCACCGAGAAUGAGUACCUGGGCCAGGACUUUCGCUAUGUUCAGUGGAAGAUUAUCGAGAAUGGCACUUCGGAGCAGUCAAAUAUGCCCUUUCGUUUGGUCACCCGUGAGUCUCGGGCCCUGGCCUUUAAGUUUCUGGAUAGCCUAAAUGAGACUUGCGUGCUGGAGUGCCACACGGAGAUACAAGCACAAAUGUCAUUACCCAGCCAGGAUCCAAAGUGUCAGGAUCGAAAUAUUGCCAACUCGUUGCUGUUGGUCACAGGUCUUAAGCCAGACACUCGCUACAAUCUGCAUUUCUACAACUGCAAGACACAUAUUUUCUAUGGCGACAUAGACGAGAAGACCGAGCAGGAUCCUCCUGGUACCAUCAGCAAUUCGAAGCUAAUUAAACAGAAUGGCCUGAAAUUGAUGUGGGAGCCACCGAUUAAUCCCAAUGGUCGUGUCCAUCACUAUGAUAUCCGUUGGUCCUUGGACAAUGUAACGCACGAAGCUAUUGUCAAAGAGUGCACCAAAUGCUCAUAUAAGUUCCCAAAUGUCUCGGAGACGGCGAAAAUCCACGUGGCAGUUCGCGUGAUGGGUGAUACUGGAGCAGGAGCUCCCAUGUACUUUGACAUGAUAAAUAAUAACCACACUUGGCUGAAGGAGGAAAGCGAAACAUCUCAUUCGGAGGUUUACAGUGGGAUUGCCAUAGGCUCUUUGCUGUCAAUAGCUUGUGUCUUUCUCUUUGGGCUGUUUAUAAUUUUCCAGCAGCGCAACUUCAAGGCCCGCGCCCAGGGACCCAGCCACCUGACCACACCCACUGAUAUUAAUUUCGGUAAUCUGAGCAGUGCCUCAGGGAUGCCGGGAGAUAGUGCUGGCGGUCUGAGUGGCGGAACAUUGCAGCAGGAUUGCCACGAGAUGCAGACUCUUAUUCCGCGUUCUCGUUACCACAUUGAAUUGUUGCCGGAGCACAGUUUGGAAUACCAGACCAGCACGGCGGCCGUGGCAGUUGUUCAUCUGGCCAAUGGCAAUGGGAGUGUCCAGGUGGCGAGGCGAUCGGAUCAAGAUGGAGCGGCUCAGGGGGACUUGGGCAUAGCCGGAGUGCACAACCUAUCGCAGUUGCCGUUGUGCGGAGUUGGAGGAAUAUCGCCGGAGCGAAAGACCGUGCAGGAUGCCAUGUUGCAGGAGGCGAAGGCAUUUUAUAUACCCUAUAGGCAUACGCCACCCAACGCGGUGGCUUUGAGCAGCUCCAAACAGUGUGCGGUGCCCAGUGGCUCCGAGCUGGAGGUGAUUGUGCCGCCAAAUUCGCUGCCAUUGGUCACCACCAUGCCUGGACUGGGUGUGGUCGGCGGCGGUGGCGGAGGUGGUGUAGGUGGCUCCAGUCGAAGGAGUGGAAGCCUGAGUAGCAGCAGUGCUAGCAGCAGCAGCAAUGGCAGCAGUAAAAAACAAUUUCACACCAACUUCGUACGCCAUUCGAAUUCCAAUGAUGGAAUUUGCCUGCUGGCCGAGGAGGAGGCGGCUGCCACCUUAACACCCACCUCGGAACGCGAGUAUGCGGCCGUAUGCCUCACCAAUGGUUUCAAACUGCCCGCCGAUGUGGCCAAAUCAGGGGGUGGUACGUAUAACACCACCAACAAUAACAAUAGCAGCACUAACACUAGCCAGAAAUCAGCAAAUGCCAAGGAGCGUCAGCCGCGAGGCAAUGGCAAUCCGAUCUCGUUCAGCCACAAUGCAUCCAAAGUUCCUGCCAACGGACCAGCGUCCGUUAACGUAAACCAUUCGUCGGCGGUCAAGCAAUCUUGGCCAGCGGCGACCGUGGUCCAUCGACGUGCCCAGGUGGAUCCCAAUGGGUGAAGCAAGCAGUAUUUUUAUGAAGCUACUACAUAGAAGCAAGCGAAACAAAACAAAUGGAAAGGAGAUGGGCGGAAAAUUAUAUAGGAGAGAAAACCACAUUCACAGCUCGAAACAUUCCAAAAGAAUAUUGAUUAUGGAGACGAUGAUGAUUAGGUCACUACGAUGAUUAGCAUUUAUAAAGAGUACAUUUUAUAAAUGUAAAUAUUUAGUAACUGAAACUAUGGAACUAUGGGAGAAAUGAUUAAUUAAGCUCAUAUUUAUACACAUGUAUCUACAUACACUCGUAUACAAAGCACGUACGCUAAGUUGUAUGCUAUAGUUUUGUCGCGUUUCAACGUUUUUACCGUACUUUUGUAUUUGUUUAGUUUUUGUUUGUUUUUUCGUUAAUUGAGGCUCAUUUUUACAUGUAACUUUUCUUACACAUAAACAUAAUUUAUUGUUGCUUUCGAUGCACACACACAUAACAUAACACAUGCACACCGAAAUACAUAAGUACAUAGCAAUAGACCGCGCAGCCCGCAAGUAUACAUUACAAUAUUUGUCGCUGAUAAUUACUACGUUUAACAAUUACUUCGUAAUUGCCGCAAAAAAAUUCAAUUACACUCACAUAGAAUAAAUGUACGCAAACAGAACAGCCAAAAAACCACAAAUACUGCAAUAGCCCACACUCAACCACCAAACUACCCAAACCACUCAAAUACCACUCAACCACAAUAGUCACAAGUGUUCACAUCGAUUCCGAUUUAAAACGUAAUCUAUUCAAUAAUAUUUGUAAUUUUAUUUUAUUUAUAUUUGUAGUCCUUUUUUAAGUGAAAUGUUUAAUUUCCGCAUAUUUACUGCUGCAUUUUGUUUUGUUUACACAACCGAUAUAUCAAAUGUACCUGAUUAUAUUCAUUUUGCAUUCUUGUUUUUGUGCUCUCGGUCUCACACACACUUUCCCUUUGAAAAAGGAACAAUUCCAAUUUGUGCACACAUCCAUAUUGCAUAACUCUAUAAUAAGCCACAUAAUCCAUCGCAUUGCAGCCGAUUUGUAACCUACAUAAUAAAUUCACCAACCGUACCUCGACAUCAAAGCUACGCCAAACGAGAAACUACACAAACCGAGCUCCUGCAUCCUCCAUUCCACUGAUAUUAUUUUUGAUAGGAAUUGGAAAGUUGAUUCAGUAGCCAACACAACGAAGUGUGAACUGUUGUUCUGUGCGAAACGAGAUGCGAAAAUUGUUACGAGAUUCAGAGACAGAAACACAACCAUGCACACACCUACCCCCCAAAAACCUAACAACUAUAGAACUAUAUAAUAUACAUUCCACUGGCGUAUGCAAGUCGCAGAUACAUUGUACACACACAUAUGACACCAAUUGGAGAUACGUUUUUAAAUGACUAAAACAAGUACGAGAAAAUAGAUAUAUAUAUUCAAUGUGAACAAAAUGUGUUUGAAAACUGUAACUGUAACUGUAUACGUAUUUAGAGUCUAAGUGCAAUACCAACAAAUAAUUAAAUAGCAAAAGGUAACCUUUAAGAUCCCUGAGGCAGAACAAAACCAACAACUAUAAACAAUAGUACCUUUCCACUCAACCAGAAGCAAUGUUCAAAGUAGACUCACCUCGAACCCAGUUAGUUGCGACUUAGACCAUCCGUAAAUAAACAAUCUGAUUUGUGUUCAAGCGGAAUGAAGCCGCAGACUUUGAACUUCCGAGUCACCGAAAGGAGUUACCAGUUUGUAUAGCCGAAUAAUUUUACAAUUUACAAAACCAAUGUGCAUGCAAAACUCAAAAGCCACAAAAUGAACUUUAACCUACGAAAGCAUUUAAAUACAAAAUAUAUUC